AUGGCUUCCCUGCCGCCCGUACGCGCAUGCAUCUUCGACGUAGACGGUACACUCAUCAACUCAGAAGACAUUUACACUGAUAUUUACAACAACAUCCUUCGCGAGUAUGGAAGACCAGACUAUCCUUGGAGAAUCAAAGUUACACAGCAAAGUAGAGGCACAAAGGGUACCAAGCGCCUGCUUGAUUGGGCACAAGUACCCCUCACACCCACGGAAUGGUCAGCCAAAGAGAAGGAAGGCAUACAUCUCUUUAAGAAUAGUAAAGUACUCCCCGGUGUUGAGACUCUUCUUGAUACCCUCAAAACAAGGACUUCGCCUCCCGUCCUGCUCUCACUAGCUAGCUCCGCCGGUCAUCAAAAGUUCGCCCUAAAGACGUCGCACAUACCAGCCAUCAACAAAGCAUUCGAUGAUCCUGCCUUUCAUGUCUUCGGCGAUGACCCGGAGAUGUCCGAUAGCAAAAAGAAGCCAGAACCCGAUAUCUUCCUACUCGCUCUAAAGAGACUGAACGAUACUGAAGCAGCUCGCGGGGAGCGUAGUUUGGAGCCUCGUGAAUGCUUAGUUUUCGAAGAUUCGAUUGCAGGCGUCGAGGCAGCGAGAAAAGCAGGCAUGCGCGUCGUGUGGGUGCCACAUCCUGGGCUAGCGGAAGUCUGUAAAGGACGGGAGAUGGAUGUCCUUAUGGGUACAACGGAGGAGGAUGGUAACGUGCCGGAUUAUGGGGGGCCCCUUGAAAGGGACACUAACAGUCCUUUUCUUGCUGAAGAUGGUCGGCUCUUGUCGGAUGAUAGGAUGGCAGAGAUGAGACACAGUCUUGAGGACUUCCCAUAUUCAGCGUACGGUAUCAACGUCGUGAAGUAG